AUGGUUUUGCUUACCACCAUCAAAAACUUUUUUACCACCAUCGGAGACUUUAUCAAAGACUUUGUAUGGCCUGAGUCUUCUGAUGCCGAGCCUGUUUCAGUUAGAGCGCCCAAGAAAUGGAUCAAGAUAAUUUUCAUGCUAGGCGUAGCUGGUUAUUUUGUCUGGAAAUGUAUUCAGUUGGCAAGCACCGGAGUAUCUGUAAACAUUUCUCGGGACAAAGUUGAUACAAUCCCGAUGCCUAUUUUAGAAUUCCAUUCCGAAUAUAACUUUACAGUCACUUGCACCAUAGGAUAUAUGAACAAAAACUUUAGUACGCUACCCGAUUUUGGUCCAAAUAAAAUUGACACCCUCAACAGAUAUGUGGCAAGAUUCGAUCAAAAUUUAGCUUUUGGAAUCCCGGGUGCCGAGCUUGAUGGGACGAUGAGUUUAAUUGAAUUUGAUAUUACUAUAUAUGAUCAGUUUUAUUCAGUUGAUUCAGAAGCUCGAAUACAA